AUGGAUGACGUCAUGGACUUCUUCGGCAUCAACGCCGGGUACGACGACGACGAUGACGAUCUCAAGGAUUUCAAGCUCCCAGACGUCCACGACUACGACCCGAAGGAGGUGUCGAAGAAGCGCACCAGUCCGGGCAAAGGCACAAUGCCUGCCGCCAAUCGCGGGAGAGAGAGACUACGAAAGGCCCAUCCCUGGUGGAUGGCGCCGCUGAUCGGGGCUAACCGUCCUCG